AAUCUUCACACAUUUAAUUUCCUAUAAUCCGAAGGCAAUCUAAAGAAAUCUUAGCCCGCUUUUGUACGUAUGAUCUCUUAUUUCUUUCACAAAUCCAAAGCAACUAAACUAGCUCAAUUCAACCUCAGGAUUAGAGGAAACCAUGAGAAGGAGAAGAUGGCUGCAAUUUGAGGCAGACCAAUGUAACAAAAGAAGCCUUAAGAGCAAGAAAGGCAAGGCUUGGGGCUUCUUCAAGAAAUGGUCGACCUCGAAGAAUGAAAUGGAUGAACAUGAGGACACUCAAUUGUCUGAGCCCGGCUUGAAUGAUUUUAGGCCAAUGCCGAGAAUUCUUUUCGUCGGAGGAGCAGAACAGGAUCAACUAAGUGAAACAGAUGAUGAUGAAAGAACACCAACUGGGUCAACAGAGCUUGCUCGGACAACCGAGCUUGAAGAGAGAACUAGAGUUCUCGAAAUGGCAAUGGGUAAAAUCCUUGCCCGCCUGAUUUCUGAUGACCUCCUGAUUCCUUUCCUGAAUAGGGAUGCACAGCCAGCUGCAGUAGUUGCAACCCGUAACUCCCCGGCCCUUAGUAAUGUGGUGGUCCCGACCAAACCAAGGGGAAGUGGGAGGUUAAACCCAGAACCCAGCUCAUCCAGACAUAAUGAAGAACUGCUAAAGAAAAAUGCUGACCUCGAAAGACAGCUCAAAGACGUACAGAAAUCCAUUGACGAGCUGAGAAGCCCUAGGUCGCACCAACAGACCCUUGACUUGGAUAGUGCCUCACUAAACUUAUCCAUCACAGUAGAACCGUAUCAAGAGGGAUUCAAAAUCCUCCAUCUAGAGACGUAUGAUGGCUCGGGUGACCUAGAUGAGCACCUGCAUACCUAUCAGGCCAUCAUGAGAAUCCAAAAUGCCAAUGACGCCAUGAUGUGCAAAGUUCAUCAGAAAGAGGGAGAAUUUCUGAGGGACUACAUGCAACGAUUCAAAAAAGCUACUUUGGACAUUGACAACGUCCCCGAUACCAUCUGCUUAUCUGCCUUGCUGCAUGGUUUGAAGCCUGGCCAGUUUCUAGACGACCAGCUGGAGAAUCCACCUAAGUUGUGGAAUGAAGGUAAAGAGCCCAAGCAGCCUGAAGGCAGAGACGAUAAGAAAAAACAGAAGGUUGGCGAACAGAGGGAAAAAUUGCCAUCCUAUCCAAAAUAUGACAGCUACAUUCCCCUGAGCUCGUCAAGAUCCCAGAUAUUGGCGCAGAUACAGCAUUGGGUCAAGAGACCCCAUCCCGAAACGCACGAUUCUUCACGAGCUGACAAAAGCAAAUAUUGUGACUACCACCGUGGAUACGGCCAUAAUAGAGAAGACUGUCAGAGCUUGAAGGAUGAGCUUGAAUUCUUAGCUUGCAAUGGAAAAUUGGAGGGGUAUGUACAGAAGCCUUACGCGGGUCAAUACUCAUCUGAGCCAAACAAAGCAUACAGGGGACGCCCAUUCAAUAGGCGCGGGCAAGCACAGAAAGGAUCCGUGCAAAAUCAAAAGGACUACAGAGGGGUUGGAUACAGUGGGAUACCCCCACCAUCUGGCACAAUCAACAUGAUCUUUGGUGGUAUGCACUCAGGGGGCCAAAGCGCCCGAGGCCGCAAGGCGUAUGCUUGCCAGGUGAUGACUGUUAAUAAGAGCCGGCCUCUUAAGCGCCCAUUUGAAGAAGCGGAGUGGGAGAAUGCGCCCAUUACAUUCAGCCCGGCAAAUUAUAAGCGGGCAGAUGGAGAGCUCGACGUUAUGAUGCCUCAUGCAGAUCCUUUUGUGUCAACGGUCCAUAUAGGCAAUCAUAACAUCAACAAGGUCUUCAUUGAUACUGGUAGCUCACCAUAUAUCCUUUAUUGGAGCUGCUUUCAGAAGAUGCAGUUGAAUCCGAGCUCGCUACAGAAGUAUGAGGGGCCCAUCUACGGGUUCAAUAAUCAACCCGUCCCGGUUGAAGGAGUCAUUACUCUACCCAUCUAUGUGGGUUCGGAACCACGCUUCCGGAUGGCUUCUGUCCCCUUUCUGGUCGUCAAGAUGGAAUCAGCCUUCAAUGCUAUAUUGGGAAGAGCCACUCUCUGCGAGCUGAAGGCCAUCAUCUCACAAUCUCAUCUUUGUAUGAAAUUCCCAACUCCUCAGGGGGUAGGAGUGCUUAAGGGGAACCAGAAGAUGGUCAGAGCCUGCUACCAAGACACUUUCAAGAAGGUUGGGCUCGCUGUAGCCCCGACAGGCUUAGCUGGUGGAACCGGUGGAAUGGAAACGGUCCCGUUAAACCCUAAUGUGCCAGAAAGAACAGUUAAGAUUGGCACCAAGCUCACAGAAGAAGAGCGAGUAGAGCUUCUAGAGUUUUUGAGGGUUAAUCAGGAUGUAUUUGCGUGGACUACGGAUGAAAUGCCUGGCAUCCCUGCAGAGUUGACUGUCCAUAAGCUCAGCACAGACCCCACCAAAAGGAGAGUGGAAUACUCUGAGUGGGUGUCCAACCCUGUGCUCGUCAAAAAACCAAAUGGCAAGUGGAGGAUGUGUAUUGACUUCACCAACUUAAAUGAGGCGUGUCCAAAAGACCCUCAUCCCUUGCCAAAUGUGGAGAAGCUAGUAGAGCGGGCAGCUGGACAUGAGCAGAUGAGUUUCCUUGAUGCUAGCUCAGGUUACCACCAGGUUCAGUUGCUGCUAGACGACCAGGAGAAAAUAGCUUUUUAUGCUGGUUACGCAAUCUACUGUUAUGUCAUGAUGCCGUUUGGUCUGAAAAAUGCUGGUGCUACAUAUCAGAAGCUGGUGCAAAUCAUCUUUAAGCUCCAGAUCUGCAAGAACAUAAAAGUAUAUGUGGAUGACAUGAUAGUCACCAAAUUAGGAAAAUUCCUAGGGUACGUGGUAUCCAAGAAAGGAAUUGAGGUGAAUCCAGAGAAGGUUCAGGCCGUACAGCAGAUGGAGCCUCCUAAAACCGUGAAAGAUGUGCAGCGUCUGACAGGUUGUGUGGCUGCGUUACACAGGUUCAUAGCCAGAUCAGCAGAAAAGUGCUUCCCAUUUUUUAAAGCCUUGCGAGAGCCCAAGAAUUUCCAAUGGACCGAUGAGUGUCAACAGGCGUUCGACGAGCUUAAGCAAUAUCUGGCGUCAGCACCCCUGCUUUCCAAACCUGUGGAAGGGGAGAGUUUGUACCUAUAUCUGGGGGUUACAGAGGAGGCGGUGAGCUCGGUUUUGCUUAGGGAAGAGAAUAAGAAUCAGAAGCCUAUCUGCUAUAUUGUUGUCUAUACCGAUCUACCGUUGAGGAAUAUACUACAGAAACCGGAACUCUCUGGUCGCCUUAUCAGGUGGAGCGUCGAGCUAAGUGAGUACAACCUCAAAUUUCAGUCGCACACAACCAUAAAAGGCCAGGCUAUGGCGGACUUCUUGGUGGAGUGCAUCUCGGCGACUGUGGAAGAAAAGGCACCCGAGCACCCAAUCUGGGUCCUGUAUGUUGAUCGAGCUGCUAACAUUGAGGGAUCAGGUGCUUGGGCUGUGUUAGUGGGCCCAGAUGGCUUUAAAUCCGAGUAUGCACUGAGCGACUCUCAGCUCGUGGUGGGACAAGUGAAUAGCAGUUGUGAAAUAAGGGAUCCUCAACUUGGUCGUUAUGCUUCUGUGGUUAACAGAUUGAAGUCAAGAUUUGCUUCCUUCCAGAUCGACAAGAUACCCAAAGCAGAUAACCAACGAACUGACGAGCUGUCAAAAUUAGCCUCCUCGCAAGAUAUCAACCCUCAGAGCGAGCUGCCUGAAGAUCCAUCCGUUGCAAAGUUGAUUAAACGCAGGGCGACACAUUUCACUUUGUUAGAUAGUCAGCUCUACAAACGAGCAGCCUCAAUGCCCUUAUUACGCUGCCUUACUCCUUAUGAAGUCGAAUAUGCUAUGAGGGAAGUUCAUGAAGGAAACUAUGUCAAAAAGUGCCCGACCUGCCAAUUCAAUGCUGAUGAUAUUCACAUGGCAGGAGAAAUGCUCGCAUCACUCUCGUCUCCAUGGCCUUUUGCUCAAUGGGGAGUCGACCUGCUUGGCCCUUUUGUGAAAGGCAAAGGAGGUUGCACUUACCUCGUUGUCGCAGUGGAUUACUUCACCAAAUGGAUAGAAGCUAAACCAUUGUCCACGACAACAGAGAAGAAAAUAGAGGAAUUCCUGUUCAAUUCAAUAGUAUGUAGGUUCGGCAUACCGAAGCGGAUCAUCGCUGACAAUGGUCCACAGUUCCGAGCCACGGCACUGAGGUCGUUCUGCAACGACUAUGGCAUUGAGCUCGCCUUGACAUCUGUGUAUACUUCACAGUCUAAUGGACAAGCCGAGUCCGCUAAUAAAAUCGUCUUGCGAGGCCUCAAGAUGCGUGUUUUAGCUGUGCAUUCUAAUUGGAUUGACAAGCUCAAUAAAGUGCUUUGGUCAUGCUGCACUACGUCCAGCUCGGCGACAGGCGAAACCCCAUUCAGCCUUGCCUAUGGAGCUGAGGCCGUCAUCCCUGUAGAGGUUGGAUUGCCAUCUGAUAGAGCAAAUCGGCACAACGACCAUCACAAUAAGCAACUUUUAAGAGAGAACCUAGACCUCGUGGAAGAGGUCGGCGAUCUGGUUUUACGCAAAGUAGGACUAACCAAUGCUUAUUCGCACAUGGGCAAGCUCGCUCCUAAUUGGGAAGGUCCUUAUAUGGUUAUUUGUAUUAAGCGACCUGGGUGUUAUCAGUUAACAGAUUUACAAGGUCGCCCAUUACCAUUCAUUUGAAACAUACAUAACCUUAGAAACUUUUACAGUUAACAUCUCGAUGUUGUUACCUUAAUUCAAGUUAUUGUCAAACAAAUGUAAAGGACACUGUAUAGAACAGUACACAGCAAUAUACACAAGAAUUUCAA